AUGGAUUGGAAAGAAAAACGAGUGGUCGAAAAGUCUGACAGAUCUCCCGAUUAUGGCGCGUCAUUCAAAAUUUUGAUAAAAGCAGCCCGUGGUAAAAAAUUGAGAAGAAGAAGAACGAAGAAAACAAAAAAAAGAUGUGGAAAUGUUGUUUCAGGUCAACCAGAGGUGUUAGCGAGAUGUUUGAAGCAUCGUUGUGUCACAUAA